AUGUGCUCCCGCCAGGACAAGGACCAGUGCCACCGGCAAGAGCAAUCCUCGUGCCACAGCAGUGAAGGGUGCCACGGGAGCAGCGGGGGAUCCGGAUGCCAUGGGAGCAGCGGGGGAUCUGGAUGCCAUGGGAGCAGAGGAUCUGGGUGCCAUGGGAGCACCGGCGGAUCUGGGUGCCACGGGAGCAGUGGGGGGUCUGGAUGCCACAGAAGCAGGGGGGGAUCCUGCCAUGGAAAGCCACAAGAUUGCCAGCAGCAAAUUUAUCAGGUGUCAAAGAUGAAGUGAUCGGGUCACUGCCUGCAUGUGGUGCACGUGUUCCAAAAUCCUUGCAC